UAUGUUCUAGGAUUAUGAUGUCGAUGAGAAAUCUGACUUGCUAUUAAGAAGAGUCUACAUCGAACUAUUUUUUCUACAAAAUAGCGAAACUGGAAUUCUGAACAACUAUCCAAGAAUCUUUGAUAGUGAAUACAAGAUGGCCAUACCAGAAGGGUGUGUGUCAAAGAGUUCAACACAGUGAAGUUUGUUACAGCCCUCAACUGUAAAAAGGGACCAUCAAGAUUAAGAAUGGCAUCUAAGCUGAGUUCUGGUAAGGAUUGCCUGACCUCUGACUUCAAUAGCCCCAAGUCAGUACGACGUCAGUCUAGGAAGAGAAGGGGACGAAAGAGGAGACUGGAUCCAAAUCCUAUAUGGGAGCAUGCGAUCAAGUACAGCGAAGGAUCCGAUUCAAGUCUGGAUGAAGCCUUGAAAGACUACAUGGACAAUGUAUCGUCUCAGCAGCAACAGAAUCAUAGCGAGUCCGGUUCGGAUGAUACCACCAUGAUGAAACGCUUGUCGUCCCUCAAUAUGACUUCAUCGAGCAACCUUUACGGCGAAUCGGACUCGGUCACGGAAAACCACACCAUGCUCAAGAAAAAUGUCAAUAAACGCAAGAAACGUUUCAAACGUAUGGUAGUGGAUUCGAUACCAUCGGGUUCGGGUUGCAUGGUCCGGAGCUCCUUGAUGCCAGACUUUGUGCCAGAAAUUUUCCACAAGCGUCCUCGUGUCAAGAAAAUGCGUCCAAGGAAACUGGACAAGACCGACGACACGCCCGAGAUGAAAGGGGAGUUUGACUUUGAUAUUCUCCUUGCUAAAUCUUCAAAAACUGGUGCCAAAUUGAAGCCGAAGCUUGACCCGAUGGACCUGUCCCGGCCAACCGAAACCUCCAAAGACAUUACUGAAGACAAAGAAGUGUGCUCAAGAAAGCAGGAUAAAGUAGGAACUGACAGUGGUACUGCAGUGACAGGGAAACCUGUAUCAAAAGAAAGAACUCGAUCAUCCAGCUCUGAUGGUGCAACUUCUACGGAAGUUGCAGAGAGUAAAAACAUGGACUGCUCUAGUAAUGAUAGUGAUGUUACAAUGAGACAACCUUUAACACCAAAGAAUGAGGAAACGAGCAGCAGUUACGUGUCAUCUAGCGAUGAAGAAGAGGAUGAAGAUGAUGGCUAUACAAAUGAUGAAGGAAGAGAAGGUGAUGAUGAACAGAGUGAUUUCUUCCAUGAGCCAGGGACUGUAUCAGGUAUACCUAGCGUAGUUCCAUGGUGGGAGGGCAAGACUCUAGAGGAGUAUGAACAGGAUCAAACCUUCAAUAGUAUCCUCAAUGGUAGCUUUCAGCAUCUAUCAAAGCCUUCACAGAGGUCUUUUCACUCAAAAUUACGCGGUUGUCAUGGUUUAGAGGAGCCUUCUUCCAUCAUGAGGGGAUGCAGACAAAGGCUUAAAGCUAAGAGGCUAAAGAAAUCAAGCUUGGCAUCCUUCAAUGAGAAGAUUGUUCGCUUUCUUCACAAUCCAUUUGAACAAGAGCUUAGUCUUCUUUCAACAAAAUCAAAGGAGAAAAACCAAGUAUUCCAGCUGGCUUCCAUGUAUGCACUGGACGUUAGAACAGAAGGAGGGGGACAAAAGAGCAAAUCAGUCUUAACCAAGACUAGGCAUACAGUACUGAAUUAUCAGACUGGCAGUAUGGAGAAUGAUGCAGUCGUCAAGUCUCGGCCCGCGUUCUAUCCACAGUUUGCUAAACGAAGACGGAAGUCACCCCCGCCUGGAGUUACUACUACAGUUGCUGUGGGAGCGGAGGCGGAGCCCUUAUCAUCAGGGAAUGUCGGAAGUCGUAUGCUGCAGAGCAUGGGAUGGACGCCGGGAUCUGGACUAGGAGCCGAAGGAGCAGGGAUACGAGAACCAAUCCAGGCUUACAUGAGGCCAAAGAAUAGGGGUCUAGGCUACUGUAAGCCGAACUGAAACUCUGUUCUUUUUGGUUCUCUGAAAGCUAGAUGAAUUCUCAGUGCCACAUUGUAACUAUUUUCAGCGGAAGGUUGAUUGAAACAGUAAGUUGGUAAAUGUUUAUUCAGUGAGGAAGAUUUCUAUUGAUCUUCAAAGGAAUUUUUAGGUUACUAAGGCAGUUCUAUAGUCUAUUAUAGUCCUUACCAAUUCUGAAAGCAUUGAGUGCCUUUUUGUCCUCAAAAAUGCACCAUGUGGAAAAUGAGCUGUCAUACAGAUGUGUGGAUAGAGUGAGAUCAACAUAAUGGAGACCCUUAUAGAGGGCCAGGAUCCAGUGGAUCUACUGUUGUAUGAUGAUGGAGGGCUAAGCGGAAGCUGAUCCAGAAUAGAGUCUGUUAUUGGGAUAGGUUGAACGUACAUUGAGCAAAUCCACAAUUCAAACAUUUUCAAGGUCAAGUCCAUCCAACAUGAACUUGAUGUGACUAAAUUGAGAAAUAUUAACAAGCUUAAACUAACAAUGUAAUCAAAUUUGGAUGUAAAUUAAGAAAGUUAUGACAUUUGUAAGUGUUUGUGUAUAGAUGGGCAGUAGUCGUAUCACAAAACCGAUGACAUCACACACUCGCUAUUUAUUAUGUAUUUGAUUUUGUGAAAUAUGAAUUUCAUUUUUUUCCUCCAUUAAUUUAAAACUUGGUAAGAUUCCCUGUUGUGAAAUCAUCAUCAUGAUUUACUGUGAUGCGGUGAAGAUUCUCUUUAUAAUUAAAUUGUGAAAAAAAGGAUCAAUUUUUAUAAUGGAAGUAUUCAUAUGUUUCAUAACUUUCUUAUUUUACAUCUGACUUUGAUGAAAUUUUCAGUGUUAUGCUUGGCUGAUUUCUCUCUUUUGGUUCAUAUUGAAUUGUGUUGGGUUUAUGCGCAUUUAUUAAGGUAAAUUAAAAAUCUUCACAAAUUAUCAGAAUUUUUACAUUGAAGCUAUUACCUUUCUUUCCUAUUAACCUCUCUCUCUUUAUUGGGCAUUGUAAUUAAGCAGCAGUGCUCUUUAUAAGAGCUUUGAUAGCAAAAUAAAUGUACCUGUAUGUUUCUAAUGGUCCUUUGGUUUGCCAUUACAGUGUGUUCAUGAAAUAUCAAGUGGAUUGUUACGUCACCUAUGGUUGAAGUCAUGCUUAUAUGAAGUUUAAGUGGUGGAUUUUUACGUCACCUGUGGUUGACAUGCUAAUAUGAGGUUAAAUGGUACAAUAUUAAGUGUGGAUGUGGAUUUUAAAUUCCCAAAUUUUUUGUCACCAGAUACUAUCUUUUUUUUUAAAUUAUUUCAAAUGAAUUAUUCAUGAUUCAUUAUGAAAUGAAUUGGGUAUAAGAUUUUGAGAAUGGUAUUACAUGUUUGUGCAAUAUUUUAUGAUGAAUAUUGAUGUUGCAUUUCUAUUUUCUGUGCAAUUAUGGCUUUUAAAUGUCAAAUGAAAAUAGUAAAUGUGAAAAGAAACUUAACUCAUACAGUAAAAAAGAGACACAUACUUUAUCCUCUUUUGAACAUGUAAAACAGAAAUUGGAAAUAAAAAGAAAUCUAAUCUAAUUUAUCCCCAUUGGUGAAUUUUAUCCUUUGAUUUUACCCUUCAAAUUUGUUCUUCUUCGAUUGCUUUAAAAAUGUAUGAAUCAUUUUAAUUUAAGACACUUAUAAAUGGUGCUUAAUAUGUUUUUUUUAUCUCUUUUUUUUAUUAAUCAUUCUCCAUCUGGAUAAUCAUAAUGUAUAUUUUGUCACUUAAUGGAUAUCUUAUGAAAUCUCAGUACAAUUCAUUGCUUUGCAUGUCCUUAACCCAACAUGAAAUUGGAAAUGAAGAUUGCAUUUGCAUUUCAAAAAUAAGUUCAGAAAUGAAUGGAGUAAAUUAUAUACUUGUGGUUAAUAUAGUGACAAAGGGAUGGGGGCACAAUUAAAGAGAAGCAAAUGGACAUUCUCAUAACAAAACAAAAUACUGCAUACUCAAGAUGGUGUAAAUUUGUAUUUUUGUAUGAUAUAUUGGUAAUAGUAUGUUACAUUCAUUUAAGAAAUGCUUAUUUUUAUAUGAACUUGAAUGAGUAUAAAUUUCAACUUGAUAAUAUUUGUAUGUGUAGAAAUGGUAACUCACAUGCCGCAUUUGGCCGAGAUGUUAUUACUCAACAGGACCUGUAGAUUUGUCAUACAUGUACAUGUUUGGUCUCCAGAGGGAUUCAAGCUCUGACUUUGCCAUUAUGGUAUGAUUUCCAGCCUUAAAUUUUGAUAUUUUGAGGACAAAGCCACCUACCUGAAUGGCACAUUAUAGCUCAAACACUGGUACCAUAACACUCAGACAAAGCUUUAUGGAGCAAACCAUAUUUAACACACAUUAGCUGGCCUUUCCGUAGCUUUCUUUGGUCAGAAUCUUCUGCUUACUGAGCACAAAUGAGGGAAAUGAGAGAGGCACCAAACUCCGUGGGCAAUAAGAGGAGCCUUGUGGCCAGUCAAGAGGGCUCCCAAUGCAAGUGCCAUGGUCGCCUUGGAUUUAUUCAAGCCCUGGAUUUCGUGGGCUACUGACAGAUGUCAUCGCCGCUACAAUUCUGUCAAAUAUGCAGUUUUGAUUUUCUAAAAAGCUUUCGAAAGCCCAUAGCCAGAAAACUUUUCGAGUAAAGUCUGAAUUUAUGGGGUUUUUCCCAAUAUAUUUUCAGCCAUAGAAAACACCUUUAGGGGUAACACUAGGUGAUGUUCAGACCUUUAAAAUCAUCAGGCUGCAUUGGUUUCAACUGCAUAGUAUGGGGUAGACGGGUGGGCAAAACAAAGUGGUGCAGAUAUCACACGGCCACUGCAUGUUCUCUACGCAGCCUCUGUACAAAUUCUAUAUGAUUUAUGUACUUACCUGCGCUUUAGGGGGAAAAUAUUUUAUUCUAUUUUUAUGUGCUUCUUUUGACAACCUACUGCCUGAAUCUGCUACAUUCAAUAAGCUUCAUCAUUUGCAGUAAAUGUGGAUUUGCUGGGUCUCUUUUGAGCAUUUCGGGCAUUUUUCUGAUGAGCAUAGAUAAUGUCAGUAUGUAAGUUGUAAAUCGUACCCAUCUUAGAUGCUUCCUAAACUAAUGUAAAAUCUCAAAGAGAGACUUAUUGUACAGCAUUUGCAAUCAAACUUAACCUAAGCAUAAGUGCAUGGAGUAAUGUAUUGUUUAUACUUGUUGGUAAACAUUUGACUGAGUGACCAGUCUAUUCAUGAUAGUAUUGAUAUAUGGGAAUGACUCUGUCGAGGGAUUAAGGAGAUGUAGUGAAUUUUCCUUCACUCACGCUUGUAUGUAAGAUUUUUUUCAUAAUUCCUUUUUCCACAAUAUUUAGCCUCUUAAAUUUUAGAUUGAUAAGUUAUACAUUUUUGCAGAAAUUUUUAGAUAACUCUUUGGCAUUGACAUCUACCUUUACAAUGAUAUUUGCAUGUACAUGAGGUGUAAAGAAAAACAUUCAAAUUUUCCUCCUCCGAACUCAGAAAUAAUCUUUUUA